GUUUUCUCCAUUACCACGGUUAUCAUCUCUUUUGUUGCUUCUGUGCCUUCCUCACUCCAAGUAUUAUCACACAAACCGCAUCCAUGUUCUUUAAUUUCGUCACGGUUUUCUCACUUACGCUGCCCUUCGGUCGCACCUUUAGUCUAGUAUCCUCCUCACUACUCGUCCCAUGUUAUUUCCAUUGCCCUCAUUCAGCACGCUUCUUUGUUUCUUUCAGAAAUGCUUUUAUUUUAUUUUAUUUUAUUAAACUUUUUACCAGUGUAAAAAAAAAACAAAGGUUAUCGAUUGCAAAGGAAAUAACACAGUUGAAAAACUUUUUGGGUGAUGGCAUGGGGGUAAAGUGCAAAGGGAUUGCACAUGUGUGAGUGUAUGUGCAAAACGAAGGGUGGAGAGGGUGGAAAAAAUUAAAAAGAAAGAGGUGAGAUGCAAUUGUGUACAAUGUGAUCUAUCUAGUCCAUGAUGUCAAUAUCUUCUUCAUCGGCAUCAUCAGAUACAUGCUGAGUAUAGGUAGGUGCCAAUGGUCCAGCCAAGGAGGCAGAUACUGAUUCAUGGACUAUGACUUUAUCUUCGGUGACGCCCAUAUCCAUUUUUUCAUCACUAUGAACAAC